AUGAGUGUGGUCACAGGGUGGUGGUCACAGGGUGGUGGUCACAGGGCGGGGGUCACAGGGUGGUGGUCACAGGGUGGUGGUCACAGGGCGGUGGUCACAGGGUGGUGGUCACAGGGUGGGGGUCACAGGGCGGUGGUCACAGGGUGGUGGUCACAGGGUGGGGGUCACAAGGUGGGGGUCACAGGGCGGGGGUCACAGGGUGGUGGUCACAGGGUGGUGGUCACAGGGUGGGGGUCACAAGGCGGGGGUCACAGGGUGGUGGUCACAGGGUGGGGGUCACAGGGUGGUGGUCACAGGGUGGGGGUCACAGGGUGGUGGUCACAGGGUGGUGGUCACAGGGUGGGGGUCACAGGGCGGUGGUCACAGGGUGGUGGUCACAGGGUGGGGGUCACAGGGCGGUGGUCACAGGGUGGUGGUCACAGGUUGGGGGUGGUGGUCACAGGGUGGGGGUCACAGGGUGGGGGGCACAGGGCGGGGGUGGUGGUCACAGGGUGGGGGUCACAGGGUGGGGGUCACAGGGCGGGGGUGGUGGUCACAGGGUGGGGGUCACAGGGUGGUGGUCACAGGGUGGUGGUCACAGGGUGGGGGUCACAGGGCGGUGGUCACAGGGUGGUGGUCACAGGGUGGGGGGCACAGGGCGGGGGUGGUGGUCACAGGGUGGGGGUCACAGGGUGGGGGGCACAGGGCGGGGGUGGUGGUCACAGGGUGGGGGUCACAGGGUGGGGGUCACAGAGCGGGGGUGGUGGUCACAGGGUGGGGGUCACAGGGUGGUGGUCACAGGGUGGGGGUGGUGGUCACAGGGUGGGGGUCACAGGGUGGGGGUGGUGGUCACAGGGCGGGGGUCACAGGGCGGUGGUCACAGGGUGGGGGUCACAGGGCGGGGGUCACAGGGUGGGGGUGGUGGUCACAGGGCGGGGGUCACAGGGCGGUGGUCACAGGGUGGGGGUCACAGGGCGGGGGUCACAGGGUGGUGGUCACAGGGCGGGGGUCACAGGGUGGUGGUGGUCACAGGGUGGUGGUCACAGGGCGGGGGUCACAGGGUGGGGGUCACAGGGUGGUGGUCACAGGGUGGGGGUCACAGGGUGGUGGUGGGGGUCACAGGGCGGUGGUCACAGGGUGGGGGUCACAGGGUGGUGGUGGGGGUCACAGGGUGGUGGUCACAGGGUGGUGGUCACAGGGCGGGGGUGGUGGUCACAGGGUGGUGGUCACAGGGUGGUGGUCACAGGGCGGUGGUCACAGGGUGGUGGUCACAGGGCGGGGGUGGUGGUCACAGGGUGGUGGUCACAGGGUGGGGGUCACAGGGUGGUGGUCACAGGGCGGUGGUCACAGGGUGGUGGUCACAGGGCGGGGGUGGUGGUCACAGGGUGGUGGUCACAGGGCGGUGGUCACAGGGUGGUGGUCACAGGGUGGUGGUCACAGGGCGGGGGUGGUGGUCACAGGGCGGUGGUCACAGGGUGGGGGUCACAGGGUGAGGGUGGUGGUCACAGGGUGGUGGUCACAGGGUGGGGGUCACAGGGGUGGUGGUGGGGGUCACAGGGUGGUGGUCACAGGGUGGUGGUGGGGGUCACAGGGUGGUGGUGGGGGUCACAGGGCGGGGGUCACAGGGUGGUGGUGGGGGUCACAGGGUGGUGGUCACAGGGUGGGGGUCACAGGGUGGUGGUGGGGGUCACAGGGCGGUGGUCACAGGGUGGGGGUCACAGGGUGGGGGUCACAGGGUGGUGGUGGGGGUCACAGGGUGGUGGUCACAGGGUGGUGGUCACAGGGUGGGGGUCACAGGGUGGGGGUCACAGGGCGGUGGUGGGGGUCACAGGGUGGUGGUCACAGGGUGGGGGUCACAGGGUGGUGGUCACAGGGUGGGGGUCACAGGGUGGGGGUCACAGGGCGGUGGUGGGGGUCACAGGGCGGGGGUCACAGGGUGGUGGUCACAGGGCGGUGGUGGGGGUCACAGGGUGGGGGUCACAGGGUGGUGGUCACAGGGUGGGGGUCACAGGGCGGUGGUCACAGGGUGGUGGUCACAGGGUGGGGGUCACAGGGCGGUGGUCACAAGGUGGUGGUGGGGGUCACAGGGUGGUGGUCACAGGGUGGGGGUCACAGGGCGGGGGUCACAGGGUGGUGGUGGGGGUCACAGGGUGGUGGUGGGGGUCACAGGGCGGUGGUCACAGGGUGGUGGUGGGGGUCACAGGGUGGGGGUCACCCGUAGCGCAGGGCCAGCUGCAGCCCUGA